GAUACCGUUCAUUUCCGAGGGAGCAGUCUUUCGAAAAGUAUCUCACACCUACCUGAGUGAGAAACUCAACAACCAAUAUCGAUUAAACUGAUUCAAAAAUUAAUUAUUUUCCGGAACAGAAUUUGUUAAAACGAGAAAUAGACAAACACACAGAGCUCUCGGUUUGAAUAUUUGUAACUUUUAUAUUCCAUUUUCCUGGGACUGGCAACUAGAUUGUACAUCCAACGGUCACAACCGAUUUUCGAAAUGAGUAUCGUGGCUCAAGACCAUGUAUUUUUGUCCGCUUUGCAGCCCAAAACCGCCGUCAGCACUUACGCGGUCCCGUCCGAGAUCCAGCUCGGGGGGAAUGGGGCCACCCUGUCGGAUGAGAUGACCCGGGGGAAACGGGUCCAGCAGCAGGUUGCUAUGCGGCUCGCCGAGAAAUCUUCCACACUUCCGAGACAGAACGGCUCAGCCUCACACUAUACCUCCUCAGAACACGGCGGAUCUUCAACAAUGAAGUACCAGACCUUCAACCCAGGGUUCAGCUCCAAGUCCUACGUCUACACAGGCUCCAGACCUGUCAUGGCUCCCAAUAUGUCUCAAUACUCAGGCGGUUUCUCCUCCCACUCGGCGGUGGACCUGGGAGGUGGUCAGAGGGUCACCAUGGGAGGUGGAGGAAGAGGUGGAGGUGGAAGAGGAGGAGGUGGAGGAGGAGGUGGAGGGUACACGUACCUUGAUGACAUGCGCACAGGAGGGGGUUCUCUAGGAGGAGGGGGCUACCAGGGAGGAGUGGUCUACCGGGGAGGAGGAGGGGGCAACAUGAGGGGCCAACAGAUGUCCACUGUGAUCCGGACGAUGAGCCGUGGCCCUGGGCCAGACCCAGAGGCCUCUCUGCGCUCCAUGAGGCUCCAGAACCUGCCUGCACAGCCGUCUCCGGUGGCAGCCUGGGUGGCUGCAGACGUCAGCGAUGGCUGCAGCCUGGUCUCAGACCGCGAUGCCACAUUCAGCCGCCAGCAGUCUGUCUACAGCACUGUUAGCGGAGGAGCCUACAGCUCAGGGACACAAAUGAGACAGGCAGGAGGAGGAGGAAUAGGAGGACAGGGGUCCAUGGUACCCAUGAGGCGCUCACUCAGCGGGACACUAGCCCAGAGCGGAGGGGAGAUGAUGGGGGGAGAGGAGAUGAUGUCGGUCCAGCAGCAGCAUUCCUUUAAAGGACCAGCGUUUCGCACCAUCAACAGGAUCAACAACAGGAACAACAGGAUGUCCAUGGGAUCCACGUCUGGUUCGUCUACCUUCCCCCCCGGGGGGAACAGCAGUGGGGGGGAUGGAGGAGGUGGGUUCGUGAUGGGCCAGGUGUCGUCGGGGUCUCAGGGGAAUCUGAUGACGAUGCAGCAACAGAGACAGGCCUCUCUUCCCAGGACCAUGUCUGUCAAGAGCAUUCACAGUGUCGGGAAGGGCAUGGAUAUCUACGACGGACCGAUGGGCAUGACUGGCAGCAUGGGAAACCUCAGUGGGAUUAAUAACUUGGACAUGGGCACGGCGGUGAGGUACCUGAAGGAGGACGAUGCUGACAUGCAGGUUCUGGGAGCAGCUUAUAUUCAACACGAAUGCUACAACAACAGCGAUUCCAAGAACCAGGUGCGGCAAUAUAAGGCCAUACCGGAGCUGGUGAGGCUGUUCAACAGUGAGAACCAGGAGGUGGCUCGCUACGCCACAGGGGCUAUGAGGAACGUCAUCUAUGAGAACAUGGACAACAAGAUGUCUCUCAUCGAGGAGGGAGGAAUUCCACAGCUCAUAAAUGCUCUGAAGGAGAAUGAUGACGAGCUACGCAAGAACAUCACAGGUAUUCUGUGGAACCUGUCAUCCAAAGACAACCUGAAGGAGAAACUAGCCAAGGAGACGCUAGCUGAGCUCACAGAGACGAUUCUGAUCCCGCUCUCAGGAAGUGGAGACACUGAGGUCAUCCAGCAGAGCCCCUCUGAGGUUGACAUCUUCUACAACACCACCGGAUGUCUCAGGAACCUGAGCUCAGUGAAUGAGAAGACCAGACGUCAGAUGCGCGAGACCAACGGUCUGGUGGAUGCCCUGGUAGGAUACAUCCAGGCCUCGGUACAGGAUGGCAAGGUGGAGGAAAAGGGUGUGGAGAACUCUUUAUGUGUCCUGAGGAACCUCUCCUACCAACUGUACAGUGAGAUCCCGCCCUCAGCCCAGCUACGUCUGGAAGGACCAACCAGAGGCCAGGAAACAAGCAGGAGUGAAGCCAUUGGUUGCUUUACCCCUCAGAGCAAGAAAGUCAAAGAUAGGAAGAACCAGGACAUGGCUACGUUCACGGAGGUGGCCCGCGUACCCAAGGGUCUGGAGUGGCUGUGGCACCCCCAGGUGGUGGGGCUGUAUAACAGCGUGCUGCAGGGCUGUGAGAAUAACUCCACUACCCGCGAGGCUGCAGCCGGGGCUCUGCAGAACAUCACCGCAGGAGACAAGAGGUGGGCGGAGGUGCUGAGUCAUGUGGCUCUGGAGCAGGAGAGGAUGCUUCCUGUGAUGUUGGACAAACUGAGGACCAAUAAUGACCUGGAGCUGAAAUCCCUCACCGGCUUCCUCAGAAACCUGUCACGCCAUGCCAAGGACAAGAACGCCAUGGCCACAAAGGUAGUGAACAACCUGGUGACCGAACUGCCUGCUGACGGUCAGCAGAAGGAGCCGUCGAGCGAUGUGGUGGUCAACAUCUGUGGAACGUUGAACAACCUGGUGACCUCCAGCUCCAUCGCAGCCCGGGACAUCGCCUUCUUCGACGGGCUGCAGAAACUAGUGGCCAUUAAGAACUCCCACGACAGCAGCCCUGGGAAGCUGAAAGCAUCCAAAGCAGCGGCCACAGUCCUCAGCAACAUGUUCCAAUACAAGAAGCUGCACAAGGACUACAAACAGAAAGGAUUCACACGACCUGACUUUGCAGACGUGACCAUCUAAAAAGGAACUCUCUUUCUGUCAAGUGGCUGGAAACACGUGAACACUUCAGUGAUCAAGGACCGUCUGUCAAACUGAGAACAUGGAGUUAGAUGGACUACACUAUAGAGUUAGAUGGACUACACUAUAGAGUUAGAUGGACUACACUACAGCGUUAGAUGGACUACACUACAGAGUUAGAUGGACUACACUACAGAGUUCGAUGGACUACACUACAGAGUUAGAUGGACUACACUAUAGAGUUAGAUGGACUACACUACAGAGUUAGAUGGACUACACUACAGAGUUAGAUGGACUACACUACAGAGUUAGAUGGACUACACUAUAGAGUUAGAUGGACUACACUAUAGAGUUAUAGAAGGACUACACAAUAGAGUUAGAUGGACUACACUAUAGAGUUAUAGAUGGACUACACCCUUGUUUUAAUGCCGUAUAUGUAUUCAAUGCUGUAUGUUUGAAUGUUUUAUGUUGAACGCUGUAUGGACUUCAUGGUGGAUUCAGGGACUUUUUUUUCUCUCAAUGCAACAAAUCAUACUGCUGUAACUAAUCAUGACUCUUACAGUUUCUCCUGCCCCACCCAGAGAUGGUUUGGCAUCAAUCCCAAAGACCUCUGUGCGCCGUUAUGUUAACCUGGUCCCAGAUCUGUUUGUGCUGUGCAGCCAACUCCUAUGGUCAUUGUCACAAGACGGCACACAACUGAUCUGGGACCAGGCUACUAUUUUGUAGCUUAACACUGACUUGGUACCAAAGCAGCUGUUACAGCCCCCACCCAUGGCUGACUACAGAUAGCAGCUACUGUAAGGGACGGCUUGCUCUGUGGAAUGAAACUGUUCUCUUUUAUACCAUCACUGGUGCUUGUACUAAAGUGGUUGAAUUAUUGUUGUUGUUCAUUGUGUUUUUGUAUUCGUUUUUUUUUGUGUUGUCUAGGGGGUUUAUUUCUCAGACAAAACCAGAAUAUCACGGCGUUAUAAUGAGUUAUAAACCAGAGUAAUCACUGAGAGUUACAGUGAGACAUAAAUUAGAACUUGAAUGAAUGUUUUUAUGAAUGUGUGGGGGAAAAACGGAACUACUGACACCUGCAUGAAUGUCCUGGAAUUAUGAUUCAGCUUUACAGGAACUACUAUGAAGUAGCCUACAUGUUGAAUAUAGAUUUAUAAAUGGAUCCUUUCUUGUUUUCAACAACGUUAGUUUUACAAGUUAAGCGGAUUUGUCAUAUCAAACUCAUAUGUCAAUGCAAUGUUUUAAGUUGAUCACUUGCCAUGACAUACUGUUUGUUUUAAUGUCUGGGGUGUUGUCAUGUAUUUUAUGGAUUAAGGCAACAAACAUAGUCCAAUAUUUAUGUUUUUAAGGCUUUGGGGGGAGGGGGGGGGGGGGGGGGAAGCAUGCAUUCGUUGUUAUUCUCUUUAAGGGAAUGCUGCGAUAUCGGAUUUGUAUCUUAAGCAUAAUGUAAAUAUAACAUGUUUUGUAAACAGAGCAUACAAGUGCAAUGGGGUCCCAAAUGAUUGACAUCCCUGAUAAAGAUGAGUAAAACUAACGGUCUAAAAGACAUAAUUCAUAUACGGAGCUAUUAUUUUAUUAUUUUAUACUAUACUGAUACAACACCACAGGUGGGCGUGGCCAAAGUGCUCUGUUUUCAUGUCAUCUGACCACUGGUUCCAAUCCAAGUGCCAAUGCAGUUUAUUCAACUCCAGGAGUUUACAUUUGUUGGAUAACAGUCAAUACUACAGUAGAAAAAUAAGUCUAUAUAUGAUGUGAGCAAAUGGCGUGAGGAGGCAAGGCAAAAAAUAGGCCAUAGUAGCAAAGUAAUUACAAUUUACACUGGAGUGAUAGAUGUGCAGAGGAUGAUGUGCAAGUUUGAAUUGAAGAGGGCCAGUCCAUAAAUGCAGAUGAAGGAUAUCAAAGAUCUGGAAAGAUUCUGUAUGGAGGAACAGUCUAAUAUCCCUCCCAAUGUAUUCUACAACUCAUAAAACAUUUUACAGAAAAGCUCAGUGCUGUUAUCCUCGCAAGGUGAGGUAUUGAAAGGUAUUGAAAACGGGUGUCAAUAAUUGUUUUAUUACUUGUUAACAAGAUCUGUUUGUCUGAGCAAUUGUAGUAGUAUUCAUUAGUAUAAUUUCCCACAUUUUUUGGAUCAUACAAUAUUGCAUUUUACAUUUUACAAUGAUUUUAUAGAGUCAUUUUUGCUCAUCUUUAUCAAGGGUGUCACUAAUUGUGGACCGCACUGUAUUUAAAUAAGACGUUCCUCCUGAAAGGUCUUUUGUUCAACUCUAUUUUUGGUAUUGAUAUAUAUAUAUAUAUUCAAUGGGUAAAUAUAAAGCAAAUUUAUAUAUUUGAACUCUAUUCUCUUCGUAAAGUAUGUUCUAAUGAAUAUUGGUAUUAGAAUAACAUGAAUGUUUUGAUAAAAUAUAUUUCAUGCGUUGACAUCUGAUCUGCUGUGUCUAUAAUUGGACCAUGAGACUACGCUUAACUCUGUCUACCAUAUGGAAAACCUAUUUUUUUAUUUUCACGUUGUGCUUUUUAACUGUUCACUGUGGAUGUGUGUCAAAUACACAUCAUAUUUUAUAACUAAUAAAGACCAAGUAAUUAAA